AUGGAACCUAAAGCUGCAAUGUUCAAUGUCUGGACAAUGAUUGGUAAAAACGGACCAAAUGAUGAGAUUAAAAUAGUUAAUUCUCCACAAAGUCAUCAUAGAGUUCUCUUCUUUGACGACCAGAUGCUGCAAGAAUCGGACAUUGGUAAGCUUGAUUCUGAAGACAGAAUCAUAGUAAGUAGAGAUAGCGGUGUCAUUGUAAAUGGUAUUAUGGGUCCGGCUCUGACCAUUGCUUCCGAGAUAUGGGAUACGCAUGAAGAGAGCUCGAAUACGUUAUCUCGAUCUGAUGGCUAUUGCAACAGAAGCCACAUGAACAGCGGCAAAGGCGACCGAGACGUCGCUGAUGCCUCCUGCCUCUGGCAACCAGAAUUAGGAAGUCUUGCAGUGAAGCUGAUAAACGAGAUCGGCGAUAAAAGUAAAAUCGACGAUAAUAACAGAGUCUGCGAUUGUCGAGGAAACAACAACAACAGCAACAACAACAAGAACAGCAGCAAAAACUGUGUAGAAAUAAGCGAGUUUCGGAUGGAGAAAGAAGCGAGCGAAAUGGUGAUGUUCUUCGGUCUCGACUUGGACUGCUACAAUAACAACAACAACACCACCACCAUUAACAAUAACAACAACAGCAGCAGCAACAAUAGCAAUAACAAGAUUAGAGAUGAGAAAGUAGCAGCGAUGAGGAGAAGGCAAGAGUUAGAAGACCGUAAAGCUGAUUUCACCAACAGCGCCACCUCUCGGUCGAUGACGGCGGCAACCAGCACGAGCAACAAAAACAACAACAUUAGGAAGAACAAUAAGGUGGAAGUAUAUGAUGAUGAUGAUGAUGAUGAUGAUGAUUGUGGUGAUGAUGUGAGCGAGGGUUAUCCUCCGACGGCCUCCCCUACUGACAGCUGUUCUUCCCUGCUACUACUACCACCAUCGCCACCACCACCUCCGCCAACUGACGCCGCCGCCGCUGCUGCUUCCCUUCAUCAUCUUACUCUGACUCCUCCAUCAACUACAAACAGCAGCAGCAGCAGCUUCGGCUCAGCCGCCGCUCCACAGUUCUUGACUUCGGCAAAACUGUCAGAAAGGGAAGCCAUCAACAUGUCGACAACUACACACGGCCAGCGUUGGACCCAGCUGUCUCCCUCUAGUGUAUACACCCUUAUUUACUCGUCGCCCCUCAACAAGUCCCACACCAACAUAAAGCCAUUGCUGCUACCUUCAUCUCUUUCUUCAUCAUCUGCCCCGAUUCCAUCAUCAUCUUCAUCAUCAAUAUCAUCAACAUCCUCAUCAUCAACAACAGCAUCAUCAUCAUCACCACCUUCAAUAACAUCAGCAGAAACACCAUCAGAAUUAUCACCCCUACCACCACCACCACCACCACCACCAUCAUCAUCAUCAGCAUCCUCAUCACCACAACCCCCACCUCCUGUAGUAGAAGCAAUGUUAUCCCCCACAGGCACAGCUCCGUCAGACUUACCAAAAUCUCCGUCGUUUCCAGUCGCCAGCACAACAGUGCCGCCGCGGAUUCAAUGUUCCAAAUCUAACCCGAUGUUAACACUCAACCGGCUUUCCAAUUCGAAAUCGUCCAGUUUUAAUUACCAUGGAAGCGGGUUCGGUUCCUGGACGAAAUACCUUCUCUUCGUGCUGCUGGUCGUUGUACAAUUAUUCUGCCAGCCAGUGGACUCGGCCCAGCCGCGAACUCAAAGGAGUGCUGGAACGAAUAUACAGAAAAAAGGAAUGGGUGUCAUUUAA